AUGUCAGGUCCCCCACAGCGUGAGCUGGUGUAUUGUCAUCAGUGCGAAAAUGAAUGGUAUCGCGACGAACAUGGCAUAAUCUGCCCCGAGUGCCAGUCAGACUUCACCGAGUGCAUCGAGCCCGACCACGAUCCACGCGAGGAGGAUGCUCCCGAUCCCGACGAAGACGAUAUUGGUCAAUUCCAGUGGACAGGAAACCCGGCGGGGGAGCCGCCUGGUGRGCAUUUGCAUGGCCACUUCCAACGUACCAUCACCCUAGAGCCAGGACAAAUCCAUGGCGGUGGAGCAGGUGUGGGAGGACUGCUGGGUAUCUUGGGGCCUGCACUUCAAGGUAUUCUACGUAAUGCACAGCCAGCUGGGGAGGGAGAAGCGGGCGGAAAUGCAGACGAAGCCCGAGCUGCUUCCACUUCGCCUCCACCAAGYAGGCAGMAGCGUGGAAAUGGCCGGACUUUCAGUGGCUCUGGACCUGGCUUUGCAUACACCAUUACGUCAAACACCAAUCUGCGGCCACGAGAUGCAGAUAUGCCACAACCAAUUCAGACAGGAGCCGUCGACAUCGGGACGAUGAUGCAGAGAAUGGUUGCCAGCUUUGGUGUCGCGCCCGUACAUGGCGCGCCAGGUCAUCCUACUGUGAUGGGCGUGCAUGGAAAUCCUAUGGGGAUUGAGGAUCUGCUCGCAAUGUUUGGGGGUGUGGGGCAAGCUGGCAUGCACGGAGAUGUAGCGUACAGCCAGCAAGAAUUCGACCGCAUUAUCUCGCAGUUGGCAGAGCAGCACGCGGCUGAACAGGCACCGCCUCGAGCGUCAGAGGAGGCUAUCGAAGCUUUGCAAAGAAGACAGAUUUCAGAGGUCGACUUUGACGAUGCUGCGAAAGCAGAAUGUAGCAUCUGCAUCGGCAAGGUGGACAUUGGCGACGAGGUCACGGUACUUCCGUGCGAACACUGGUUUCACCACGACUGUGUCAAGCCAUGGCUCGAAUCUCACGAUUCAUGUCCCCAUUGCAGAAAGGGGAUUAUGCCAAAAGACGAUGCGAAUGGCGACACUCCGCGCGAGACUGGUCAAGCACCGCACCACGACCAGGACCAAGCACCACGAACCGGCAUCCCUUCUUCGGGAUUGCAGCAGCCUACUCUCGUCGGUAUGUUCAAUCGGAUGCGUGAAGCAUUCGGACCUGGCAGUGCUGCAGGUGGCGGCACAGGCCCCUCGAGCAGCGAUGCUCCAAGAAAUGAAUAG